CCCUUGUCGCUGAAACACCUUUCACGCGCGCGCCUCGAAGGCAUGUCCGGCUCAAAGAGCUCUUCCUAUCCGACUGAUGAGAGCGUCGCGCCUGCUUACGAGCACGGAGCCGCCUCCUCCAUCACGAGCGCUCUUUCACCUGCGCGUAAUACGCGCCCAGGUUCAGGGAUAGAUAGAUAGUGGGUUGAGGGUAGGAUAGAGGGAAAAAAAAAAAAGAAGAAUCGGUGUGAUAAGAAAGAAACACGGGAAAUAAGUAAAGAGAAACAAAAAACUCUCGCUCCGGGCGAUAAGGCUCUGCCGUCAGGUAUAGGCAACGCUCUCAGCCAGAAGGAACAGUUACACGCUAUAGGCGCGGUCGGGACCCGCCAUAUUUUUUUUAUGCAUGUCGCGAUGUUGUUUGUACCGAAGGUGAUGCCCAAGACGGCCGUCGCGAUGACAUCACGAGAGCGUUGAGGAACCGCCGGGUACACGUCCACGUGCAAGAUGGCGCGCCUACUGGCGGCUCGUUACUGUCUCUUCGCCAGCAGCGUCUUCAUUUGGCUGUUCGGCAUCGUGCUGCUCGUGGUGGGCGGCCUGCUGCGCUCGGACCCGGAUGUGCGGCGAAUCGCCGAGUACUUCACCGUGUUCGACAACUACUGGGCGGCCAGCGUCACCACGCUGUUCGUCGGCGCCUGCCUGCUGCUCGUCGGCUUCCUAGGCUGCUGCGGAGCUUUCUUCGAGAGCAAGCGCCUCCUCAUCGCGUACAAUGUUUUCAUGGUGUUCUUCGUCGUCCUUGAGCUAGCUGUCAUGGGCCUCGUGUGGAAGCAUGCCAAAGAGGAAGCGAUGGACAUUUACCUGUCAAAUGCUUUUCGAAGACUCAUCACGAAGUCCAAGAAUGCAUUCGUGGAUAUUGAAUACUUCUUGGACAACAUUCAGUUCAAGCUCCAGUGCUGCGGAGGAGCCGGGCCGCAUGACUAUGAGGCGCUGGAGAUGGACUACGUGGGAAGCUGUUUCUAUUACGACCACGAGAAGGAGGCUGCUGCAGUCUACCAAGAGGGAUGUGGCCGAGAAAUAAGAAGGUUCUUGAUGGGAAAGAGCCUUGCUGUGGGCCUCAUUUGCCUUUUUGUUCUACUCAUUCAGGUGGGAAGCAUAGCCAGCGCCGUCUACGUGCUCAGGAUGACAGGCAAACCAAGACCGAAGGUUACGGCUGUGUAAUGAGGACUGCGAUAGCGAAGUUGCAGCAAGGGUCAUCUCUCACACUUACGCACAUCAUCAUAUGUCUCGACUAGCCAGAAACUGCUUGUGAUAGAACUGAGAUGUGUCUUUACUUUGUUCUUCGAGCGCUCGAAACAGUGAAGAGCCCAUGAACACUAUGAAGCUGUGCUUGGCAGCAAGAAUAUUUCUCUCUGUAGCUUGGUGCAGAUGACAUAUUUGGACCCAAGCAACUGACACAUUUAUUUAAUCUGCCAUUAAAAGUAUUGUGAUUGUU